AUUCCUUAGAGAAGUUGUAUUAGACCUCUUUCACACUGAACGGGUGAUGCCCGCGAGUUCGUCGGCGCGCGGACCCGCGCAAACGGGUGGCUCGUGAGGUGUUAGGCAGGGACAGGAGCCCGCGAGCGGGCGAAUGCUGGGCGGGUGUCCUUGUGCUGCCCGCGCACGCGCCUCCGCGCAUAGUGAAAGCCCGCGCGCUCCUCACCUCUUGGUCUCUCCUCUCCACACUGUAGUAUCCUGGUGGAUUUCAUUGUUGUUGGCUGCACGUAUUUUCCUGUACUCCAGUAUAAUUUACCUUUAAUUUGGUAGAAACGAAAUGGAAGCAGAUUUUAGUGCAGAACAACUCAUAUCGUUGGUUGAAGAAAGACCAGUUCUGUGGGACAGGUCCCAGGAGGGUUACAAGUCCCGGACAUGCACCUCACAGGCCUGGAGAGAAAUUUGUUCUCUUCUCAACGAAGACUUCCAGAAGUUAACCAAAACUGCAAAAAAUAAGUUUGGUAGAUUUGUGGUAAAGAGAUGGAAAAACAUGAAGGAUCAGCACAUCAAAACGUUGAAGAAGAAAGAGAAGAGUGCCGCAGCAGCGAAGAAAAUGAAGAAUUACAUCUACCACGACCAAUUGUCUUUCCUGAAGAUCGGUCUGGAUAAGAAUAAAGCACACUCAAACUACAAAGACGAUCCUGACAAGUUUGGGGCAUCGGAUGAGGACAACGUAAACGCCAUUAUUCUGGAGAAACCCUGCGAGAUGAGAGAAGUGAGCUCCAUUAAAAUACGUGCUAUGAGAUCAGCUUUGAAGAGAAAGAAAAUUGAUCUUGAGGGAGAGAUUGAGGAUCAUUCGCCAACUAAAGAAGACCACAAUUUAUCAUCCACUAACGACCACUCUUUUUCAUCCAUUAAAGAAGACCAGAGUUUUUCAUCCACUAAAGGAGAUCACCAUUUUUCUUCCAUCAAAGACGACACUUUUUUCUCCACUAAAGACCACUCUUUUUCCUCCACUGAAGACCACACUUCUUUAUCCACUACUCAAGAUCUUCCUUUUCCUUCCACUAAACAAGACCAUAAUUGUUCAUCCACUAAAGAGGACCAUCAUGUAUCCUUUUUCAACGGCGUUUGUCCUUCCACUGAGCAAUUUACCGAUGACGAGACGUUGCACUUCCAAGACCAGCAUUUGGCAUCCACUAAAGACCACCCUUUUCCAUUCACCAAAGAAGACCACCAUUCAGCCAUUAAAGAGGACCGUCACUUGUCCUUUUUCAACGCCAUUCGUCCUUCCCUUGAGCAAUUUACUGAUGAUGAGACGUUACAGUUCCAGUCUGGUGUUAUAAGCGUGAUCCAAAACAUUAAAAAGGCCCGUUUAGUUUAGCCUCAGAUUUCAACACAGCAUCAAAGCUCCUCACGCCGGCCGCACAGGACUCCAUGCCCACCACCUCAUUUGAAUGGUCAAACAUUAAGUGGACGGCAAGAAUCAGGACGAAUCGCAACCAGUAUAUAGGGAUCACGUGUGCAUAUCCCAUCUUAGCAGUGCCAUUAGAUUACAGCACACCUCUAGAUCCUGGAGUUGUUUGUUAGUAAAUUACACCUACAUUCCCUGCUUUGUCCCGAUAGCAUUGUAUUCAUUUAUUUUUCUUAGAGAUUUGUGUUAUCUAAUCUCUCUCUCUAAUGAGAAUGUAUUUUUGGAACAAUUAUACUAUUUUAAUCA